ACUAAUGAAAUAUGGAACCACAUUUUCAUUCUGUUGGUAGGGGGAAGUAAAUUGCUGCUGUACCACUACAGCCACAUUGAGGUCAAGUGUAUCAAAUGCUUAUUUAAAAUGUCUAGUUUUUCAAGAUCAGCCCAGCAAUGGGCGACCUUUGCAAGAUCCUGGUUACUAAUAGACGCUAGGAUGCAGCCUCCUGGAAAGAUCGCCUCUAUGUGUUCAGUGCGUCUUCAAGGAAAGCAUAAACCCAUUUACCAUCCACUGAGUGAUAUUGGAGACCAUGUGGUGGUCAUGAACACCAGACACAUCGCCUUCUCCGGAAAUAAAUGGGAACAGAAAGUGUAUUCGUCUCACACUGGCUACCCUGGAUCAUUCAAACAGCUCACCGCAGCCCAAAUGCACAAAAAAGACCCAACAGCUAUCAUUAAACUGGCUGUGUACGGGAUGCUUCCCAAAAACCUCACCAGAAGGACCAUGAUGCAACGGCUUCACCUCUUCCCAGAUGACGUUCUUUCUGAGGACAUUCUGAAGAACCUGACAGAAGAGCUUCCUCAGCCCAGAGAGAUUCCUCGCAAGCUCAGCGAGUACACACAGGAGGAGCGUGACGCUUUCCCCAUGCUCUGGACCCCGCCAGAAGACUACAGGAUGAAAUGACCAUCAUAAAGCAGUUUCCCAGAUCUUCCAUUUAAGUUUGCCCAGGAGUUUGAGACUUGGAAAUGUUUGUCUAUUUUUUUUUUUUUUUUUUUUUUGUUAAUGUAAAAUAAAUUCUCUCAAAAUUAUAAAAAUAAAUUUGUCAUUUAAGCAUGAACAUACACCUAAUAGAGAUCAUUUCUGGAUAAUGUAUAUUUAUCUAAACCUCAGCCAAGGCAGAGAAUCAGUGGGACUGCAUUUAGUCGUGACUGUGUAGUAUUAGAGCUCUGAUUCAUUGGCCUUUGCUUGUCCUGCAGAUGGCUUUAGCAGCCUCUCUGAAGCCUGAUCCAGCUCUAAUUCAACUGCUGCUUCAGUCUUAAUUAACUUCAUAUGGCUCUAUAAGCCCUUUCUGAUGCUACUUUGGCCUGAAGUCUGCUUAACUCAUUGUGUUAGGAUGGAAACGAAACGCCCUUGUUAGUCACUGCUGCCUUUUGCGAUGUUGGCACCGUCACGUUUCGUUUUUUUUUUAAGUAAAGGUAAAAUUUAGUGGGCUUGUAAAAUGUGAUUUAAUGAAGAAGGAACUUCAGAGCAUGUUCCAUUAGUUGAGCUCAUUAACCAAACCUGGUUAUUAAAAUGAAAAUCUGUUGUUUUUAAUGUGAAAUAAAAAAUUUUUAUCCAUUUUGGGUGAGCAGUCAGCACACAAAACAGAAAACCACAAAAGCCAGACGAGACAUCAUCUCGAGUCAUUGUUGCAGUACAGUUUUAUUGGUUACAAAAACAAAUUAUAAAGUAAAAAUAAAUUACUUUGUAGAUUCAAA